AUGGCUCUCAGAAUUCACGUUAUUUCCCCUUUCUUCUCAAUCUCCACCACCUCCCCCGUCGCUCUCUCCAGCCGCCGAAUCUCCUGCACCGCCGCCGGCGAUGGAGGCAUCAGCGACGCGGCCCUCGCAUCGGAGUUGGCGGCGAGGGCCGCCAGAAUGAACGCGCAUGCGGCGAAGGCGGAGGAGGCCAUGCGCAAGAGCAGAAAGCUCCUCUUCGGAGAGCUCUGCGAGUACAUGGGCCUGGACGAAGACCAGGCCCAACACAAAUGGAGCAACAUGGAUGAUGACCAGAAAUGUGUUCUCGUGAAAGGGUUUCUUAAAGAGUGGGGUUCUCAUUUUCAUCCCUUGUCCGCCAGGUCCACAAAAGAGAUGUUGGAGGAAUAUCUGCGACAAGGAAACUCACCUCCCAAGCCAACUAAUUCUUCUUUCUUCUUCGAGGGACUCAACAGAAUUAUUGGUUUUCCCUAG